AUUUUUACAUCCGGGGUGAAAGGUAGCACAAUAAUGGCGUCUCCCAUAGGCACGGGAAGCAUGAGUGCGGUGCUGGCCGGGAAGAAAACAAAAAAGAAAAAGAAUCAGGGUAAUGCUAACAUGGGAGCAGUGGAUGAGUCGGAACUCCUCACUGUUCCCGAUGGCUGGAAAGAAGCGCCUUUCACCAAAGACGAUAAUCCGAGAGGAUUUUUAGAGGAGAGCAGUUUCGCCACUUUAUUUCCAAAAUACAGAGAAGCGUAUCUAAAAGAAUGUUGGCCCCUGGUGCAGAAGGCCCUGGCUGACAGCUACGUUAAAGCCACUUUAGACUUGAUUGAGGGCAGUAUGACAGUUACCACGACAAAAAAGACCUUCGACCCAUAUGCUAUUAUAAGGGCCAGAGACCUGGUUAAGCUGCUGGCUAGAAGCGUGCCAUUCGAACAGGCUGUGAGGAUCCUCCAGGAUGACGUGGCCUGUGACAUCAUUAAAGUUGGCACUCUUGUAAGAAACAGGGAACGUUUUGUAAAAAGGAGACACAGGCUAAUAGGCCCUAAAGGAUCAACACUGAAGGCUUUGGAGCUGCUCACAAACUGCUACGUCAUGGUGCAGGGGAACACCGUUUGUGCCCUAGGACCUUACAGUGGCCUCAAAGAGGUCAGAAAAGUGGUUUUGGAUACAAUGAAGAACAUCCACCCAAUAUACAACAUCAAGACACUGAUGAUCAAGCGGGAGCUGUCCAAGGACCCUGAGCUCCGAAUGCAGAGUUGGGAGAGGUUUCUGCCCAAGUUCAGGCACAAGAACCUGACCAAACGCAAGGAGCCCAAGAAGAAGAUGGAGAAGAAGGCCUACACGCCUUUCCCCCCUCCGCAGCCUGAGAGCCAGGUUGACAAAGAGCUGGCGACUGGCGAGUUCUUCCUGAGAGAACGAGAGAAGAAGCGGAAGAAGAUGGCGGAGAUCAAGGUGAGACAGGCAGAAGCUUUGACUAAAAAGCAGGAAGAGAGAAACAAGGCCUUCAUCCCUCCUAAAGAGAAGCGCAUGAUGACAAAGGUCCAGAAAGCUCCAACAGAGGCUAAAAUAGACAUUGAAGCUCUUAAGGAAAAAGUAAAGAAAGCAAAAAACAAGAAGCUGGGUGCUCCCCCGCCAGCCGCCAUGGGCCAAACGGUCACCGAUGGCAGGAGGAAGAAGAAGCUGAGAGGCUGAUGUAUCUGCUGUUUCGAGGGGGCUGGCCAUCGUGGGAGCUCUCCUCACUUGGGCAGGUGUUACUCGCCCAUACAGAGGAGUGACAAAAGUCAUCAGGCAAAAGUCAACAUCAACCUGUAAAGAGCACGGACGAAAGUCAUCAGGCAAAAGUCAACAUGAAAAAGUGAAGUGACAAAAGUCAAAGUCUACUGUCAUUCUAUUUUAUUGUGUACUUGCAUAGUGAGUUUUUGUGAUAAACUAAAAAUAUGGAGAUUUUUUUUUUAAAAUAAAGUUCUGUUUGUAUAACAUUUAAGAUGAUAGAAAUUGGUAACUUCUGUCAAAUACCUGGUGUGUAGUGUGGUUGAUUUAACCCUGAUGUGUAUAAAAUACAUUACACACAGACAUAAGCAGUAAUGUGCGUCAAUAAUCCAGCUUUGAUAACCCCAUUUAUUGAACUGCAAUGUCAAGAUUUUCAAGUAUGUAGUCAUAAGUGCUUUACUGUAAUACCAUAACUAUCUACUAUAAAAGUCAUUGAAUGUUUACUGAAGAGCUGAAUCUUAUCCAGCAUGUCCCUGCAUAUGUAUCUUAUCUUCACUGAUAUUCUUAAUGACUUGAUAUCCAUAGUAUAUUUUUCUGUUGGUAUCAUGCUGUGUGAGUCCUGUAGGAGGUCAAUGUCACACGUCGCUUCAAAGAUGUUGUAAACUGGGCAUCAUAACAGCGGUACUGCGCUGUGACCUAAUGCCUCCAGCGUGGUGCUUCUGUGUAUUUGCAGUUUGCACGUUUUUGCCGUGUCCACUAUCCUAAAACAUGCACGAAUGGGAAGUGGUGCCUCUGAAUUUUCCUUGUGUGUGUGUGAGGGAUAGAUUAGCAUCCCCUCCAGUGUCCACGUGGCCAGGUUUUACAAAUUCCAAUUUUGUUGUACUAAUUCAUACCCAUGACACCUUAGACAAUAAGCAGAUUAUGUGGUAAAAUGUGGCGGCGAUUUAUCUAAAAUGAGGAUGAAUUAGUGGAACGUUCUCACGAUGUUAUUAGCAAGUAAUUAGCAGGGCUCCGUACGAUUCCUUCAUUAAAUGCACCUUUUAUUUUGAAA